GCAGAACUUGGUGUGGCUAAUCAAGCCAAUUCUAGAGCGGUAUACUUGCCACAAUUCAUGCAUGUGUAUUCCAAUCUAGACUCUAUUCAGAUAUAGAAAUUGUGAAGGAGAAAGAGGAUUUAUUGGAUAUUUUCGUACAUGACGAAAAUUAAAAAUAGAUAACUUGGUGGAUCCGGUGUAUAAAAUAAAGGAAGUAUUGAUAAGAUAUCUUUUUUUAGUUAUAAUGAAAAUAUCACUUUUUUGUUUUCACCAAUACUCCAAUACAGACGUUAGGAUAGAGAACAAAGGUUUUUUUUUUUUUUUUCAUAUUAGAUAUCAUGCCUGGCCAUAAAGUCUUUAGUGGCGCUUACAGAGUGGAAAAUGCCAUUUAACAAAGAAAAUAAUUGCCAUGGACAGUUUUGGUGAUAGUCUAUGUCUAGAAAAAUUUUGUGAACAAAAAUAAAAACAUACUAGGCUUUGUAAAGCCUAAUAUUCUGCAUAUAUUCCAACAGUUUUUUGUUUUUUUUUAAAUUCUUUCAUAACUCUUGAUUACAAUUUUUUAAUAAUUGGUCAAUAGUUGAUAAAGGGAGAUUACUCUGACACCAAUGUUGCUAACUAAAACAAAACAAUCAUCUGGCAUUUCUUGUUGCUCAAGACCCCUUAAUUCUUAAUUUACUUUUUAAUAUUUACACUCUAAACUAAUAAUAUUCCUGGAGUCGGCAGUUACAAUCUGUUAGGUGAUCAUCAUGGUCCUAUUAAAGACUUGGAACUGAACAGAACAAGAUCCCUUAACAGAUUAGAUCAAAGUGGAAGGACAUAUAAAGACAUAGCUCUUGUUCAAUGGACAAAAUGGCCAAAUUAGUGAGUCGUAAAUUUGUCAUCGUUGAUCGCAAGUAAUUCUUGAUCAGUUUAAGUUUGGAAAAACUUCUCUCGCAUGUAUCGACGCUUACCGCAAUAAUAAAAAAAUAUGUGAAUCAUGAUGACGAUAUUCGGGACUGAAUCAUCUAGCUGAUAUUUUUUUAUAAAAUUCAAGAGCUCAACAGGUCCGUGUUUUGGAAGUUCGGAGGCUUCUGAUGAAACUGUGACAAACCGUUGAAGCCUCCAGCAGAAAUUCGUUUUUAUCAAUGUCGCUAGGAGUACUAUCAAGAUGAUUUCGACCUGAGGAUUUAAUAGCUGGGAAGGCGACAAAAAUUCAUAUCUAUCUGCUACAUCAUGAAGUUGCUCGAAUCGGGUGAUUAUUUCUUGAACAAUCCUGUCCAAGGUAGAAUAAAUUUCCCUUCGUAUCUCUUCUUUGUGUGUAAGUACAGAGUAGUCACUUUUCUCACCAGGCAUCUUUUUCUUAUGGCCAAUACGUUUUUGAGGUUCUGUACUGACUCUCAGAUCUGAACCAAUGCUUUCGGCAAAGGUAAUGCUGGCUUCAGCGAUGUCCUCUCGAUUACUACUUAAAAAUGUCUCUAAUGUUUUUAGUUUGAGUGAGCAGUCUUGAAUAGACAAUCUUUGUUUUUGAAGGUAGAAUUGCGCAUCAUUAAUUUCAGUUAAUACAGGAGCCCAAAAUCCAAGAUAGGUGAGAAAAUUAAAAGACUGAAUAGCAACUAAUAAUCCACCUGCUUCAGAUCUAGUCGAUGAAUAUUCAUCUCUGCUAGUUAAUGUCUCCAGAGUUUCUAUAAUUUUAGAAAAUUUAUCCCUAACCAUCUUGACGGCUUCUCCUCUGCCGCUCCAGCGGGUCUCAACUAGACGUUUAAGGUUAGUUCAGGUUAUUUUGAUGAGGAUAUCCCAGCGGUGUGUUGAAGUUGAGAAAAAGGAGUGUGAACGGUCCAGUGUACCAAAAAAAUGACAAGGCCUAAAGUUUAAUAACAUUCUUUUCUUUGGUGGGAAUGGUUGAGAUGGUUAUGUUCUUAGUUAUAUUUGAUUCAUUGUUGAUACAUUACAAUACUCUGAUGAAUUACAAGUUAUCUGUAUUCAGUGCUUUAUGUUUUUGCAUUUUAUGAUUUUACAUUGCAAAUUUUGAAAUGUGCUAGUAUAUUUUAUUCUUUUUGACUGUUGUUUAAUUAGGACUGUAUUGUUUACGCUAUCUGAUGGUUCAGCUUCUUCAGUAUGAAUUUUUGAGGAGUGUACUAAAGACAUGCUUGUUUGCUGUCCUUUAGUCUCUAGAACCUUCGGUAUUGAAGUAGUUUCUUCUUUUUCAUCAUUCAGGAUGUCGGCCUCAUCAUUUCUUUCUGGAUUCAAUGAUAACUGUCUCAUCUUGCUUUGUUGCUUUUAAUUGUUCAGUUAAUUCAUACCCAAUAACAGCUCGCCUAUAGUCGGUGGACUCUGUGAAAUAUUUAGAAAUGAAGUCAACUAUCUCAAGAUUGGAUGAAGAAGUUACAUAUUUAGAAAAUACAAAAGCUAGCCUGGAAAUGGAGAGGGAUAGCAUCUCUUCCAGUAUGAUGGAGGAGCGAGAAAAGUUUCAUAAUGAAUGUUCAGUACUGACAUCUUCAAUCUUAGAAUUACAGACCACAGUAACAAACUAUGAAGGCAAGAACAAUCUCUUGAAUAAAACUGUACUAGAACUGCAAUCUAAAAAUGCUCAUUUAGAAAAUGAUAUGAAUAUCAUUUCUUCCCAGCUAGAUGCUGAGUCAGCAAGUCAGCAAAAAAGAAUUUUGAGCUUAAGUCGACCAUAUCUGCAUUGCAAGAAGAAUCUCAGGCAGAAAAAGACCAAUUGAAAAUGACCAUAUCUGCAUUUCAAGAAGAAUUUCAGGCAGAGAAAGACCAUUUGAAAGCUGCCAUGUCAGAAUUACAGAACGACACCAUAGAAUUCAAAGAGAGAAUUAGAUUACACUAAGCAAGAGUGUCAAACUGUUUUGUCUCAACUGCAUAAAGAAAGGGAGUCUCUAAACUCGUACAAAUUAGAAAACUCACAGAUGAAAUCAACUAUUUUGAAUAAAGAGAAAGAAAUAGCAGAUUUGAAAGCUGAAAUUAGAAAUCUAGCUAAUACUUUAGUGGAAUCAGAAUACAUUAGAAACGACCUUGAGAAAGGCAAAAAUGUCCUCUCGCUUAGCUGAUGAAAGGGAACAAUUCAAGAAAGAAUGCUCCGUUUUGAACUCAUCAGUAGCAGAACUGACGCAGAAGCUUGAGCACUGUGAGAAUGAGAGAAGUAACUUGAAUCAAACAAAACAGGAGCUCAAGACUAUGAUUGUCCAUUUGGAAAAAGACAAGGAGGCUUUGUCAUCACAGCUGGAAGAAAACUGGAAACUGAUUAAAAAUAUAGAGCCUUUCAGAGAUGUCUUGGAUAAUUUUCAAAUGGAAAAAAAAUUCUUGUUGGAAAGAGACAAAUAUACAAGUGAGCAAAUGGAAAGAUUGACCAAAGAAGCCAUUAAAAACAUGGGUCAACAAAACCAUCGCCAGAAAGUCAAAUAUGUGGAGACUUUGAAAAAGAUUACUCCGGUGAUUGCUACUACACAAUGUGACUCUUCCAAAAUGACACAGACACCUGGCGAACCAAGAAUUCCUUUUAAAGGAAAAAAAUGCUGUCUGAAUCUGAGUGCAUGUGCCCAGUAUGCAUUAGCUUACUCAUUCAGCCUGUAACGUUUCCCCUUGCAAUCACUCACUGUGUUUAAAAUGUUACAAGGAAACACUGGAAAAAAGCCAACCUCCCAUGUCCAGUCUGCAGGAAGCGCAUUUCAGUCUGGGCUAGAAAAGCUGCC